AUGGGCGACCAACAGAGGGGUCCCAUGGAGGCAAAGGAGUUCAAGAUACACGCACGUACAAAGGUCAAGGCGUUUGCCAACCUGAGGCGAACCGGGUGCCAUGAGUCGCUUCCAUCAGCACCAGCGCAGGAUUUGGUCGAGAAGGCUUUAUUCGAUCACGAUCUGAUGGAAGCCUCAGCGGACGAUGAGAGAUGGGUUGAGUUCUACGAGAAGCUGCAACGGCUUAGUGAGAACAGCGGGAGCGCUGUAUCGGCACCCAGGGACGACGACAACAACGACAACAACGCUACAUCCUCUGACGACAACGACCAGCAGGAGGAGGAAGAUCACUAUCAGUGGGCAACUGAAUCCUUCUCCGACGACGACGACGACGAGGCAAAAUCUGACACCGCUGCUGUUCCAACGCACCUCGAAUCUCGCGCAUCGCUCCCCCCGAAACACGCGAUAACACAAGCAGUGCACGAAUACGUUUUAAAAGCGCUCACCAACGGCAAGGGCCGCUUACCCAAACGCGUGCGCAAAGAGAGCUGGGAUCCAUCCUCGUUGGCCGCCCUCAGCAUGCUGGUGGAAGAAGCGGCCAAGUCGCAGGCCAAGUUCAAUGCGAAGAAGACCAUGUUCGCCAAAUCGCCACGCAACCAGGUUUUGGCGGCGAAGCGGCAGGCGCAGAAGCAAAGUCAGGGCAAGGGCAAGGCGAAAGAAAAUUCGGAUGGCUGA